AUACAUUUUAAGAAAACCAAUUCAAUGCAUUUGCGAUGCGACGUGUGAUGCGUUGGGCUUCGCUUCGUAUAAAUACCGUUUCACCCCAUUUGGUACUCAGUAUCACACGAUUCACCAGUCUCUCAACAAGUACCAUGGCUUUUCAAUUCAUCGUCCUAGCAGCGUUAGUCGCAGCUGCAAAUGCCGGAGCAAUUGGAGCCCCCCUGGCCUACGGGGCCCCCGCAUUAAUAGCAAAACCCGUUGACGCUGACUUUGACCCCCAUCCACAAUACAGUUUCGCCUACGACGUUCAAGACUCACUCACCGGCGAUUUUAAAAGUCAACACGAGACUCGCAAUGGAGAUAUGGUACAGGGAAGUUACUCUCUUUUGGAAUCUGACGGAACCAGAAGAAUAGUCGACUACACGGCUGACGAUCACAAUGGAUUCAAUGCAGUGGUCCGCAAGGAGGGCGCUAUCGCUAAAAUAGCCGCACCAAUUAUCGCUGCGGCGCCAGCGAAAAUCGCCUACGCACCACAGGCGCACUACAGUUACGCGCAGCCAAUUGUCGCUGCGCCUGCGCACGUCUCGUACGCGCAACCAAUUGCCAAACUCUCGCCCGCGACUGCGCACAUCACUUACGCUCAGCCCAUCGCUAAAUACGAGCCAGCGCUCACCUAUGGCCCACCUGUCGCUAAAAUUCCAGCGGCGCACGCUCCCGUUUUGACUGCAGGCAAAUACGCCGGUCCACUCUCAUACAUUGCGCACGUAACUUAUACUUCUCCUUAUAUUUCGUACGCUCACUAAUUUUUUUUUGAUUUUCUUCUCUUAACACGCGAGCAAAGUAUUUUUUAACAUUUGCUUUUCGUUACAAUUUUUUUUUAAUUCCUUUUUGUAAAAAAACAAUUUUUUUUAAA